AUGGGAGGUAAAUGUUGUAGAGACGAUAAUAUACAAAUAAAAGGUUUAAGUAAAGAAAUUUCAAGUAGAUGAAAUCUUAACAGCUCAGAAUCCAGAUGCUACUGCACCACUAAAUCCAGAAUUAAAAAAGUCACUUUCCUAAUAAGGAAAAAAGGAAUCUCAAGUUGAAGAUUUACAACUUCCAACAGAGAAUAAGUAGAAAGAAUAUGCGGUGGGAAGUGAAUUAGAAUAAGAACCAAAAUAAGAAAAGCCAGUGGACACAAUAAUUUAGGAACAAAUAUCUAAGGUUCCAGAUAUAGUUUAAACUCAAAAUAUGACUAAUGAAUAGAGUAAUCAAUUGUUUGUAGAUAUAGUUAAAAAUGAAGUACAGAGUUAAAAUUAAACCGAUAAUUGUGUUAAAUCAUAAGGAAAAGUAUUCAAAUUCGGUGUUGAUACUUUUGUUAAAGAAAAAGAAGGUUUAAUUGGCACUCAUUAUAAUUUUGGUAAAGUCUUAGGAUAAGGUGCCUUUGGUAAAGUUUGGAAGGCAACAAAUAAAACAACUGGUCUUAUCAGAGCUAUAAAAUAAAUUAAGAAGAACUCUAUUAUCAAAGAGGAGGAAUCAAGAUUGUUUUCUGAGAUGAAUAUAUUAAAGAAUUUAGAUCAUCCACAUAUUGUAAAAUUAUUUGAAUUGUUUCAAGAUGAAAAUAAUUAUUACUUGGUGACUGAGUAAUAAAUUCAAUCAAUAUAGAUAUUUAUCAGGAGGAGAACUAUUUGAUAGGAUAAAAAAGAUGUCAUCAUUUAGUGAGAGUAUAGCUGCAGAUUACAUUAGAUAAAUUUUAUUAGCAACAGUACAUUGUCAUGAAUAAUAAAUUGUACAUAGAGAUUUAAAACCAGAAAACAUUAUAUUUAUAAAUGAAGAUCCAUAAUCUUAACUAAAAGUUAUUGAUUUUGGAACAUCAAGAAAGUUUGACAAUUCAAAAACUAUGAGCAAAAGAUUAGGAACUGUAUUUAUAUCUCUUAAAUCAGCCUUAUUAUAUAGCACCUGAAGUAUUAGGUCAUUCAUAUACAGAAAAAUGUGACAUCUGGUCUUGUGGUGUCAUUUUAUAUAUUCUAUUAUGUGGUUAUCCACCUUUUGUUGGUAAAACAGAAAAUCAAAUAUUAGAAAGAGUUAAAAUUGGUAAAUUUACAUUUGAUCGUAAAUUAAUUAUAUUAUCUUUUAGCCGAAGAUUGGGAUUCUAUUUCAAAGGAAGCUAAGGCAUUUAUUACAAAAUUAUUGAGAGUAGAUCCUAAUAAAAGAUUGUCUGCAAAAUAGGCUUUAGAAGAUCCUUGGUUAGUUAAAUAUGCUCCCUCAACUUAAGUAAAUCGUAAGGUCUUAGAUAACAUUCGUUAAUUUUAAGUAAAUCCUUAUAAUAUAUAAUCAAUAUAGGCUUAAACAGUAUUAAAAUAAGCAUUAAUGUCUUAUAUGAUAACAUAAAUGUCAACAUAAAAAGAAAUUUAAGAGUUACAAAAAGAAUUUCAAAGAUUAGAUAUAAAUAAUGAUGGAUUCUUAUCAAAAGAAGAAUUUCUAAGAGGUUACCUUUAGAUUUAGAAUGAUUUAAAAUUGGCUUAAGAAGAAGUUGAAAAAAUCUUAGAAAUGAUAGAUAUAAAUAGAUCAGGGUUGAUAGAUUUUUCAGAGUUUUGUAUGGCAGCUAUGAAUUAAGAAAAACUACUAUCAGUUUAAAGAGUAGAAUAAGCAUUUAAAAUAUUUGAUUAAGUAUAUCAACUCCAUAUAAAAUUAGAAUGGAGAUGGAUUUAUUUCAAAAAAAGAAUUAGAAGCUGUAAUGGGAGAUUUAGGUGAAGAUAUAUGGAAUUAAAUACUAACUGAUUGUGAUAAUAAUGGUGAUGGAUAGAUAUCGUAUGAAGAAUUUGUAAAAAUGCUAAAAAAUAAAAAACUUUGA